UUGCUGCGGUGCCAUCAGUCAACCAAUGAAACUGUCCUGUGGAGACACCUUCCUAUUUUCGAGGUGUGAAGUUGAAGAGGGUGCUGCAUGAAUUACUGUCACAAAACACACAAGCCGGAGACUAGCAGACAACUUCUGGAGAUGGCUCAGGAGGACCAGAGUGAGACGUCACAACAAACAGCAGCCAGUGACGAAGAGAAGGGGAUGAUGAAGCAGGCUUCUCCCCCUGUUAUCGAGAUUCACGACUCUACAACUGAAUGUGUGGAAGAGACCAGGCCCAAUCUAGUGCAGAUGGAGGAGAAGGCCUUUGUAUCAAGUCUGCACUCUUUUAUGAAGGACAAAGGUUCACCCAUAGAAAGGAUCCCACAUCUCGGCUUCAAACAGAUUAAUCUUUGGAGGAUCUACAAAGCUGUUGAGAAACGUGGGGGCUAUGAUUUAGUGACGGCACAGCGUCUUUGGAAGAAAGUGUAUGAUGAGCUGGGAGGAAGUCCAGGUAGCACCAGUGCUGCUACUUGCACUCGCAGACACUAUGAGAGGCUCGUGCUGCCCUUUGAAAGACACAUGAAAGGAGAGGAAGACAAGCCUCUGCCGCCAAGCAAACCACGCAAGCCAUACAAGAGAAACUUGGAAGGCAAGGUCAACAAGGCUGAGGUUAAGAGGAAAAGGACUCAGUCGGAUAGAGAGAUGGACUCCGAGAUACUGACCCAGAGGAGUCCAGAAGCUGCCUGCCAGAGUGAAGCAGUGAUGCAUCCUCACUCUGCUCUCUGGGCUGCCACCACUGACAGACACCAUCCAGACUGCUCUCAGCCAAACAGAGCCCCCGCCGAUCUUUGCACUCCUGUCUAUGCCCACCUUCUCCCGGUCCCCACAUCCAGCCCUUGGACUGCUCACAUCCCAUCUGCUGCCGGAGAGGUCAUCUCUCCUCUGGAGAAAAAAAAGCGAAUGGCUCAGGCCAGCCUCAACUUGCCCCCGAGUCCACAGAGCGAGGAUAAAGAAAGGCCCUCCGUCAUCCGCUGCUCCCAGUCUCCAGCCCGGGCCUCCUCCAGCCAGAACUGCAACUCCUCUGAUGGCUCCCCGCUCCCUUUAUCCUCCUCCUCUUCCCGCAGCCCUUCCCCUUACUCUGUUUCAUCAGAGGACGGUCCAGCAGGGAAUGAGGAUAAACCUAGAUCAAGCGCAGAAUUGAGAAAAAACUGUUCUGGCUCUGUUAAAAAUGCACUCAACUGUAGUGAGGACGACAAGUCUGCGAGCUGUACUCAGAUAUCCAAAGAGCUUGCAGGAUUGAAUAAAGACCUUUCUCAUGUCAGCUCCCAGUCAUUGAUUGCUGACUCAAUAAAAAGCCAAAUUAAAGACUCUGCCUGGAAGCCAAUCCACAAAGGGAGUGGCAAACAUUUCACCCAUCCUUUCCACUCAACAUCUACCUCUAGUUUCACCAAAGUUAUUCCAAAAUCUGUGCAGCUUCUGCGGCCCGCUCCUAUUCGGCCAAGUUAUAAAAUCCACCAGAACAGGUUGAUGCACCAGGAUGACCCUCUGACUUGUGCAAAGAAGCUGAACAAUGUGGCUCCGUGGCUUUAUCAGACAGAGAAGAGGGAGAAAUCCAGGACAAUGCUACAAAAAGUUCCUCCUGCUCAGCAGAGUCUGUCCCAUUCCACCGGCACCCUGCCGGUGUCGUGCGUCCUAUCAAGCUACGACAAAUUGGGGAGAGACUCUCGGCACCAGCCUCCAUUACACCCUGUGUUUCUCCCCAACAGAAUGAGACUACCUCAAUCCCAGCUAAUGUACCGUCAUAUACCGGUGGGUCCAGCUCACUCUGCUCUCAUUGGGUCUGCUUGUUACACAUAUCCAUACUCCUUUCCUCUGUUAAAUCCCCAGACUGGAUAUACCCUACCUGCCAUGAAUCCCAUUUAUCCUCACAAGCUGUGACUUUUCGUAUAUCAAAUCCAGACUUUAACAAUUGUUUCUUGUCAAAAAAAUUAAUCAAAGUUAAUCUUUACACUGAAGAAAGAAGCCAUUGAGCUUGUGUUUUACAGAUGGCAUAUGCAACACACAUAUUUAUGCUCUGUGGCUUCACAUACAGGCUGGUUUUGUUAGUUACUUUAAUUAACUGACUCUGACCUUCUGUGACCUUUACCAUACUAGACUGAAAGGAAGUGAAGUCACAGCAGUGAUGGCUAGGGAUAUUUAUGGGAUCACUGUGAAACCGGUUGAGUCGUCCAAGUGCAUCGAAUGGGUGCAUUUCUUUUUUUUUUUAUACUCACAGAAGAACUGUGAAAUUACUCAGAAACUGCAAGUGAUAUUUCUUUUGCUUUGAAUUACUCUGGUGUAUCAUGUAAAUUUGAAGUGUUACAGUAAUAAAAUUAGCAUGUCUGAUAGAUUAGAAGAUUUUUUUUUGUACACAAUUACAUGUACAGGAAAAAAUAUACAAAUUUUAAUGACAUGUCUUCAGAAUAUGAAGAAUUCUUAAUAGAUUCAGGAAACACCCAGUUAAGUUAGAGAUUUUAAGUUCAGAUUUUUUCAAAAUCACAGUUCUUCCACAUUUGUCUUCACUUGUACAAUUUCAAUACUUUGUCUUUGAAAGCCAAGAACUUCCUGUACUGUUCUUCACGUUACUGUAUUGGGAAGUAUGUUGAACAUAAUGAUACUGUAUGAGUACUGUAUCUGCCUUAUAUAAGUGUUAAAUAUUUGUUUAAAUAUUACAUGCAGAUCUCUUUAUCAGUUAAAUGUGUUUAAACAGAAAGUAAUC